AUGGCGUCCUACGGCCUCCUUGGCCAGCCAGACGAAGAUGGCCUACACAAAUCGCGUCUUCUCAACGUCGAAGAGAAGCCCUUCAAGCGAAUUUCCAAGCGCCUCCUGAACCCCGAAUCUAUUGCCGUCUCCCAAUCAUCUCUCCCAACCCCUCCACCCGAAGAAAGUGACGACACCCGCGCGACCGCAGAAGCCCAACGACAGAAAAAGCUCGAAGAAUGGCGCCACUUCCGGGAAGAUAUCUCACUGGACUUCGCCGCUUUCGAGGCCAGUAUUGCGCGCGUACAAUUCCUCAUCACAAGCAAUGCAAAGGAGCGCGAGCGAUAUGCCACAGAGCGGGUUCAGAUUCUGUCCACGAUGCAGUCUGUACGAGAGAGCACAGCCGAUCUGCGCAGCCAACUUGAAGAGGCGCAGCGACUGCUCUCUUUGCGCAAGACCUACGAUGAACUGGCGGAUAAAAUCACCAGCAAUCGCCUAUUGAAGCCGCGCGAAGAUCAAUCGGCAAAUCUACAGAAAUUGCGAACAGAGAUUGCGGAUCUAGAGAACGAGAGCAGGGACUAUGCUACGACGUGGGCGGAACGGCGAGAGCAGUUCGGUCGCAUUGUCGACGAGGGUAUGCAGCUUCGUCGGUUGAUUCGUGAUGAGAAGGAGGAGGUUGAGCGCCGUGAGGGUAUGCAGGAGGGUGAGGAUGGUGAUGAGGGGGAUAAUACGUCUAAGGGCAAGGCGAGCAGUGCCAAUACGCCUGGUCCGGACAGUGAGGGGAUGACUCCGCCUCAGCAUCUUGAAGAGGGUCGACAUGCAGCUUUGCUGGUUGAGAAGACUGGGGCUACGGGCGCUGCGUCGCCGCUGCGCCAAGUCACUACUGCUCAAGGUGGAAAUGCGGCCUCUAACAAUGAAGACACGAACAUGAUUGAUGAGGGUGAGGUAUCCGCGGUCAGUGACGGUGAACUGUCCGAGCUUGAAGAGGGAGAGGAGCUUCCCGACCAUUACAGAGAGAAGAUGGACACUACCUGA